UAGGAUUAAUUAGUAUGUCUAGCUUCAACGACAGGCGCGUGGCAGGUUAAUUAAUUAGCUUCAGCAAAUAUUAAUGCACACACAUCACGCUGUACGCUGUGGAACGGCGAUGGGCUCUUCUUCCUCUCGCCGGUGCAGAAUUUCCUCCGGCGUGUGCGUCGCGGUGGCGCUGAUCUUGGCAUUUCUGGCCUGCUGCGUGGCGUGCGCGAGCGGCGCUGUGCCGGCGCUGUACGUGCUCGGAGACUCGCAGGCGGACGUCGGGAACAACAACUACCUGCCGGAGUCGCUGCUGAGGGCCAACUUCCCUCACAAUGGCGUCGACUACCCGGGGGGCAAGGCCACCGGCAGGUUCAGCAAUGGCUACAACUUCGUCGACUUGGUCGCUAGCAGUCUGGGGUUAGACAGCCCUCCUCCAUACCUCUCUAUACGCAACAGCUCGAACAGCACCAUAUAUCUGAAGGGUAUCAACUUUGCUUCAGGAGGAGCCGGGGUGUCUGAUCUCACAAACAAGGGCCAGUGCAUCAGCUUCGACGAGCAGAUAGAGCGCGACUACUCCAAAGUUCACGCAGCGCUGGUGAAGCGGCUCGGCAAGCGGAACGCCUCGACCCACCUCGGGGAAUCGCUCUUCGUCGUCGCCAUCGGCGGCAACGAUAUUAUCAUGCAGGUCCUCUUCAGCCCCGUCACUGAGCUCCUAAGCACCCAGAAACAGUUCAUCAGCACGCUGGCCGAUACCCUGAAACGCCAGCUGCAGAGCUUGUACGACCUCGGGAUGCGGCGGUUGUUCAUCGUGGGCGCGGCGCCGCUGGGGUGCUGCCCGCUGCUGCGGGAGCAGAGCCCCACCAAGGCGUGCCAGGCGGAGGCCAACUCCAUGGCGGCUACCUACAACGACGCGGCGGCCGAGCUCCUCCGCGGCAUGGCCAAGAGGCACCGGGACAUGAGCUACGCCUUCUUCGACACGUCCACCGCGCUGCUCCAGGCCAUUCACGAUCCAAAGGCACGCGGUUAUACGGAGGUUAAAGCAGCGUGCUGUGGCCUAGGGGUUAAUAACGCCAUGUUCCUAUGCGCGCCGGACAGCAAGUACUGCAGCAACCGGACGACCCACAUGUUCUGGGACCUCGUCCAUCCCACGGAGAUGACGUCCAAGAAGCUUAUGAACGUUGCCUUCAAUGGAUCUGCGCCGUUGGUUUCCCCGAUUAAUGUCAAGGAGCUCACUCAGUGUUAGGCAUUUUAUUUACAUAAUAUAUGAUGAUGAAAAGAUCUCGGUCAUUGUUUCUUCAGAAGCUAUAUGUAUAGCUAAAUUAUAAUUAUAAUAUAGUUUUAUAGAUGUUCAUCUGCAUCACGACGGAGUUUAUAGAGGAUAUCCACGCUACUCUCAGUUGUCUACUCAUUCAGAAUUUAGAAUAUGAACCGGGAACAGAUAAUUUUUAAUUCCGUACGUGUGAU